GACUGCUCGCAGGAACUGAAAUGAAACGACCUCGUUACAUAAGUCGUAAAUGUUAAGCCCGAACCUAAACCCACUACGCUAAACCCCGACGCCCAAAAAUCUGUGAGCAGGCGCCACCGCCACCGGAAUCUAUUACUUAGUCGCCGAUAACAAUUCAUCGCUGUUCCGAUACCCUAUUAAGCAGAUUUGCGGGCUCACACACUUCUUCCAUCUCUAUUGCGCAGUGAUAUAACUAAUCCACACGCCUUUGACGCGAAUGAGAAGGUUCACGCGUUUAACGCCUUAUCGGCGCCAUUUGCUUUCGUCUGUGACCUCAGAAUCGCUCGUGGACAAAGGAGAAUCGACAUUCAGCAAAUUCUUGUCGGCUGGCCAAUCGUUUUUGCUGGCUCGGGCUUUGGUCAGUUGCGGUUUCGUCAGGAAAACAGAGGAGUCUGUGAUUCCGAGAAUACCGUUUAGAUAUCGUUAUUUCCAUGCCACAGCAUUGUCUUCUUCAGCUGACCGAGACUACUAUCGAGUUCUUGGUGUUCCUGAAAAUGCCAGUCAAGAUGAGAUAAAGAAGGCCUUUCACUUGCUCGCUAAAAAGUACCAUCCAGAUGCAAACAAGAACAAUCCAUCUGCUAAAAGGAAAUUUCAAGAUAUAAGAGAAGCUUAUGAGACAUUGAGAGACUCUAAAAAGAGAGCACAGUACAACGAGAUGCGUUCUCGUGGUUCAGAAGAUACAGGAUAUAAUCAUGGUGAUGCAGAAAGGUUUAGAAAUGCCUAUCGUUCUCAUUUUUCGGAUUCAUUUCAUAAAGUAUUCUCUGAGAUAUUUGAAGAAGCAACUACUCAAUUCUCAUCAAACAUAGAGGUGGAGUUGUCUCUUACUUUCUCAGAAGCUGCAAGAGGAUGCACCAAACAUGUGUCAUUUGAUGCAUUCGUUCCCUGUGAUUAUUGUAAUGGGCAGGGCCAUCCUCUUGAUGCCGUUCCAAUAGUUUGUCCAACAUGUAGGGGCUUAGGUCGAGUUACAAUCCCCCCAUUUACAUCAACAUGCAUAACCUGUAAAGGAUCAGGCCGAAUUGCAAAGGGCUUUUGUGUAACAUGUAGAGGAUCUGGGGUGGUUGAAGGGGUUAAAGAGGUUAAAGUUACUAUACCAGCAGGUGUGGAUUCGGGAGAUACAAUCCAUGUGCCAGAAGGAGGGAAUGCUGCUGGAAGUGUAGGCCGAUCUGGAAGUUUAUACAUUAAAAUAAAGGUGGCAGAGGAUUCAAUCUUUACCAGAGAUGGUGCAGAUAUCUACGUGGAGUCUAAUAUUAGGUUUACACAGGCUAUUCUUGGUGGCGAAGUUGAGGUGCCUACUUUAUCCGGGAAGAUGCAAUUAAAAAUACCCAAGGGUGUUCAACAUGGACAGCUUCUGGUACUUAGAGGCAAAGGACUUCCAAAGCAUGGGUUUCUUGUACAUCAUGGGGAUCAAUAUGUACGGUUUCGUAUUAACCUUCCCAUUGCAAUCAAUGAACGACAACGUGCUAUACUUGAAGAACUUGCGAAGGAAGAAAUAAAUGAGGGAAACAGCUCUUCAUUUGGGGGAAAUUGGUGGCAGCAAAUUCUUGAACACACGACGGCCCCAAAGUUCAUGCUGGAACUAUCUGUGCUGAUAUUAUUCCUUGUCUUCGUUAACAAAGUGUUGACCUGAUAGCUGGGUCAAAGAUCAAAUAGGAUUGAACAGCAGACUAGCCAAAGACCAAGUUUUUGUGAUUGCUACGUUCUUCAUUCUUAAGAACCAAGUUAACUAUAAGUUAUGGGUAGAGUGGACGAAGUUGCAACUUACAUCUGUGGAACUUAGGACUACGGAAAUCAACGCUAUCGCUGAUUGAUGUUCUUUCGGGGCCCAUUUAUUUUAAAUGUUUUCAAUUUUUCAAUGGAUAAGAUUGACAACGUUGAAAGUUUAUUUCAUGAGACUUGUACAGUUUUACUGAUUAAUGCGAAGGUCGCCGUGGGUUACAGCUAUCGAAGAUGGGAACUUCCAAUGUAUAUUUGUUUCCCUUGGCUUUAUAGAUAUAUUUAUAGUCCAUUUCAUGUUGUAAUCCGCUCCUGGCUUUGGGGGUUGGUUUUCUUUUAUGCUUCAAAUUGUAUACCUCGUACUUUCUGGAAUUCAACUAAUAAUGUAUCAACGAGUGCUAGCUGCUAAGCACAGAAUUUUAUUAAUUGAAAGAUAAUAGUUUUUGUUA